AUGGUACAAAUAUACGCAUGUUCUGGAGUAUGGAAAUCAUUUCAGGACAAAGAAUGGAGAUUUGUUGCCGACAAAGGAAAUUGUGGCAUAGUGCUUACUUUGGAAUCCACUACUACUGUUGAGAAACUUAAGAUGAUGGUAUGCGAAGACUACAGUGUAGAUGUUGGUUUUGUUGCCGUGGAGUUAAGUUAUUUACCCAGUGACCUCGUCAGUAACUUGGAAUCUCCGCCAGUAGUCAUAAGAAAUGAUCGGCAAUUGAGAAAUUUUGUGGAGUAUCAAAGAGAGAAGGCUACGGUAACCCUGUGUGUGACGUUCAAACCUAUACUUAAGGAGCCACCAGAUUCAAGUGACAAGGAAGAUGAACUGAAUUUGCCAAAGAAAGCGGAAGAAUGCCGGUAUAAGGGUAAACGGACUGUUGAUGCAACCAGCAAACGGUUUCGCGGAGAACAUAGUGGUAGUGAAGAUGGCAUAGUGUCUGAAGAUAUUGGCAAGAGUGGAAAGAGUGGAAAGAGUGGAAAGAGGGGAAAUUUGGAAGGCUAUGUUAAGAAACAUGAACAGUUUGAUAGCAAAGACCGUUUGAGGGCAACUAUGGAAAUUUGUGCCAUGAAGUAUAAUUUCGAUUACAAGGUGACCAAGUCCGAUACGAAAUUUUGGUGUAUUCGUUGUAAAGAUAAGGUUUGCAAAUGGAGUCUUCGUGCUGAAUGUGUAGAGGGGUCUACGGUCUUUAAAAUCAACAAGUAUGUUGGAAAACAUACAUGUGCUCCAUCAAACAAAAGCACAUUCUCUAAGACAGCUUCAGCAAAAACGAUUGGAGAUCUUAUUAUGCACAAAUAUGUAGGUGUGAAAGAUGGACCUAAACCGAAUGAUAUCAUGAGUAUUAUGCGUACAGAGCAUGGGUGCGAGAUCUCUUAUAAUCAAGCGUGGGAGUCCCGUGAGUAUGCGAUUAGCAGUGUUAGAGGUCUUCCAGAGAAGAGUUUUCAUAAAGUUCCUAAAUAUUUGCACAUGCUACAACAAGCAAAUCCUGGUACACAUACCAAUUACCAAACUGAUUCUCGCGGCAGAUUCCUGUACCUGUUCCUUGCUUUUGGUCAAUCAGUAAGAGGGUUCUACAAGACCAUGCGAAGGGUGAUUGUAGUAGACGGAACGUUUCUGAAGAGCAAAUACAAAGGAACUAUGCUUGUCGCUACAGCUGUAGACGGUAAUUCUAAUUUGUAUCCAAUUGCAUUUGGUGUUGUUGAUUCAGAGAAUGAUCUCUCUUGGGAGUGGUUUUUUAGGCAGUUGAAGGUUGUUGUAGGUGAUGAGGAAGGCUUGGCUUUUGUAUCUGAUAGACAUGUUUCAAUAGCUCCUUCACUGGCUAAAGUAUAUCCAUUGGCUUCAAAGGGAAUUUGCAUCCACCAUUUGUUGAGUAAUAUGCAAAAAGUUUGUCAUGAUAAGGGUAUGUUGGCUUUGAUUGAGAAGGCGUCAAAAGCUUAUAGAGUUGUUGAUUUUGAGAGGCGUUUCAACCGAGUUUGCAAUAUUAGUCCGGUAAUUGGAAAUGCUCUAAGGGAAGCCGAUGUGAGAAAAUGGGCUCGUUGUCUGUUUCCAGGUUUCAGGUACGACAUUAGAACCACGAACCCUGCGGAGUCGAUAAACUCUGCACUGAGAACACCUAGAGAGUAUCCGAUCAUUCCUUUGCUCGACAGCAUCAGAGAAAUGAUGACACGGUGGUUUUAUGAACGCAGAGGCAAGAGUUCAAAACACCAGCUCCCAUUAACUGAUAAAAUUGAGAAGAAGAUUGAGAGAAGGACAGAGAAAGCUAAGACUUUGGUUGCUUUUCCAGUUACCAACCACAUAUUCCAGAUCAAAGGCGACUUAUUCGACUGCGUUGUUGACUUGCAGAGAAGAACAUGUACAUGUGCGAAGUUUGAUUUAUGCAGAAUUCCAUGUAGACACGCGAUCAAAGCAGCUUACACUAGAAACAUUCAAUCUUACACACUCGCAGAUGGUAUAUAUAGCACUGCUGCAUGGAGAAUGGCUUACGCAGAAAGCAUUAAUCCUAUAUCUGUUCCUGAAGAUGAAUGGUGUGUCCCAAAAGAUGUUGAAGAUGCAAAAGUGUUUCCACCCAAGACAAAGCGGAGAUCUGGCAGACGAAAGAAGAGAAGGUUUGAUUCACUUGAAGACAAGAUUAGAUCAUCACAAGGAUCUCAAGGAUCUAAAAGACAGAAGCGCAGGCACAAGUGCAGCCGUUGUGGUAAUGAAGGUCAUAACAGAGCUACAUGUGAUAUACCCAUAUAA